AUGGGAGUUGGCUUUAUAUCCCUAUUGGUUGGGACAAUUUUGCUCUAUUUCAGUAUCAAGACGAAACUCAUUAAACUUCGGGAGAAGUUCUUCCAACAAAAUGGUGGUUUACUCUUGAAACAACAAAUCUCCUCUAAAAAGGGUUGUGUGGAAGCAGCCAAAAUUUUUACAGCUGAGGAUUUGAAGAAGGCGACAAACAACUAUGCCAAUGAUAGAAUUCUUGGUCGUGGUGGAAAUGGAAUUGUCUAUAAAGGUAUUCUCCCUGAUAAUCGCAUAGUUGCAAUUAAAAAAUCUAAGUUUGUGGACGAGGAUCAAAUUGAACAGUUCAUCUAUGAGGUACUUAUUCUUACUCAAGUCAACCAUAGAAAUGUUGUGAGACUCUUUGGAUGUUGUUUGGAAGCUGAAGUGCCUUUACUAGUUUAUGAAUGCGUUUCUCAUGGAACUAUUUAUGAGCAUAUCCACAAUCAAUAUGGAGAGUCAUGUAUGUCUUUGCAAAAUCGACUACGAAUAGUUACAGAGACAGCAAGUUCACUUGCUUACCUUCAUUUAUCUGCAUCGAUGCCAAUAAUUCAUAGAGAUGUCAAAUCUACUAACAUAUUAUUGGGCGAUGUUUACAUAGCAAAAGUGGCAGAUUUUGGAGCUUCAAGAUUAGUUCCUGAAGCUACAUCGGUUCAAGGAACAUUAGGGUACUUAGAUCCUGAAUAUUUUCGCACAGGUCAAUUGACAGAGAAAAGUGAUGUUUACAGUUUCGGAGUAGUUCUUGCAGAACUUUUGACAGGGAUAUUACCUAUUUCGAGAGAUAAAAGUAACCAGGACAAAAAUUUGGCAGAGUAUUUAUUUCAGAAUAGCUUAUUUCAAAUUCUUGAUCGCAGAGUAGUAAAAGAAGGAAAUCUUGAGCAACUUCAGAAAAUUGCCGAGCUUGUUAAGAAUUGCCUUCACUUGCAUGGAGAAGACAGAACUACUAUUAAGGAAGUGGCAAUGGAACUUGAGAGUUUAAGAAAGUUCACCAAAAAUAACCCUCGGCCUACCGAAAAUGGACAUGAAAAGAGUGAAGAUGAAUUAUCAGAUCUUUAUGCAAUUCCAAUUGACUCUUAUCGAUGUUUCGACAACUUCUCCGGACAAUAUCCCAACUCCUACACUAAUAGCAGCAUUCUUACACAAAUAUCCAUUUUUUCGGAUAGUUCUUCUUCACUAUAUAACACAAAUAUCCCUCGGUGA